UUCAUAGUCCAUUUUGAUACGGCACCUAAACUUUAAGGGGGUCGUUAGUCCUAAAAGUUAAAGAAGGAAAGUAAAAAAGAACUAAAAAGAGCUCAAACGAAAAAGAGAAAAACAAGUAGGUUCGUCCAUUAAAAUUUAGAUGGAAGACACGGCACGCGGGUAAAUUGCUUCCCAAGGCUCUUGCGCCCCAAGCCUCGUCAACAACUCCAAGGUUAUAUUUCCUUCCUACACUGGUUUCAGAGACUCACUUCUAUGGCGGCGAAGCUUCAAACCCUUUUUAACUGAUCCACUUCUGCGUUCCUCACCCUCUCUUUAACAGAAUAGUAUAUGGGCUUUCGUUGAUUUGGCUGCUAAUUCAAGCUACAGCUAUGGCCACGAAUACGGAAAAUGAAUCUACAGUCUCAAGAGAAGUAGAGAAGCCUCCAAUUGAGCCUAUACGGUUGCCUUCGGUCGAGGAGAUUCGAGGCCAAGACAUUUGGAACAACUGUGCUGUGCGUAGUGUUGUCAGUGGAGUUAUGGGUGGUGGGCUUGGAUUGAUGAUGGGCUUGCUUCUUGGGGCGUUGGACACUCCUCUAAUGCAAGACAAAAUGACUGGCAGACAGCAGUUCAUUUACCAAGCAAAGCAGAUGGGCCAGAGGAGUUGGAGUUCUGCAAGAGCAUUUGCAGUUAUGGGGUUUGUUUUCUCAGCUGCUGAGUGUGUUGUUGAAAAGGCACGAGCUAAACAUGACACAACAAAUACAGUUGUUGCUGGAUGUGUAACUGGAGGUGCACUGUCAGCAAAAGGCAUAUCACCAUAUGAUUCUACCUGCACACUUGCUUUCCCUUUCUUCUCCUUUGGAAGAUGUAGGGAUGGGGAAGACAAGUAAAAUGCUAUUUUGACAGAGCUGAUGAAUGGUGUUUGUAAAAAAUUUAACAUCUUCAAACAUAAACGGAUGAGACUUAUGCCAUUGAAUACAUCAAUUAUCUGGCUGGAGACCCCUAAGGGGUUAGUGUCUUGUUCUAGCUCUAUCAGUCAAAUGCAGAUACACGCCCUCCCCCUCCCCCAAAUGGUCCCACAGUCCGUUUUCCAAUCAAUAUUGAGCUGAUGUUUAACAUUUACUUUCAGAAGCUACAUGAUUGCUUCUGUUCACGGAAUUCGUUCAUUAGUCAGCAUGUUU